AUGGUGCCCGGUCGAUUUGUCUUUCCGAUGCUCUUGUCCAGCAGGCACGUUGCCGAGACGGAGUUGAUUGCGCUGGCCGCGUCGGUGCCCAUGACCGAAACGGACCCGGAAACUCGACUAGGCCAGGGAAUUUCCUCAGCUGUUGGGCCCUUCUCGGAAUGCCUCUGCGCCAAGCUUGAGGAUCUCCGACGGAAAUAG